AUGCGAGUCCCUCUUCUUGUUGCCGCGCUGCCUCUUGUCAGUGCUCUGCCUCGAGGUUCCCUGGCCAAACGUACUACAGACACUGUUGAUCAUAAUCGGGGGAGAUCAGCUAAUGUGAACUGGAAUGGACAAAGUGAUUAUUCUACUUGGCAGGGACGAGAUCGUCAUCCUAGCUGGCAAGGGCCAGACAGUCAUCCAAGUUGGCAAGGUCCAGACAGUGAUCCGAGUUGGCAAGGCCCAGACAGUGAUCCGAGUUGGAACGGACCAGCCUGGCCUGAAGAUCCAUAUUUUCCUCCAGGUUUUCCCAAAGACGAUAGUCUGCCAGAAGAUAACAGUCCCCCUGAAGACGAUUAUUUGCCAGAAGAUGCUUGUCCCCCUGAAGACGAUAGUCUGCCGGAAGAUAAUGGCCUGCCUAAUAGUCCUAAUGACGAGGAAAAAACUGACAAUCCCGAGGACAAUACACCGCAGAAACCAAGCACCACCAUCAGUGCAUCGCACAAGCCCGUGGCUACGCAAACCCGGCCUGUCGUCUCACCCACUCCAUCAGCUACCAAGGUCCCGUCAGGUGGCGACGAACCUUUCUAUAUGGCAACUGUCAACAAGUGGCUUGGUGAUUUAAAUUUACGCCCACUCAAGUACGAUUCUAAGCUGGCACAGAAUGCUCUUCAAUGCAGUGAGGAUAGCAAAGGAGCUCUCAAUCACAAACUGUACCCUGGAAGCAUGGGACAGGUUAUGGCACAAGGCAAGGAGAAUGGGUUCGAGAAAGUCUUUGUAGGCGGCUGGCUUGGCGAGCGACCAAAUCUUUUCCCAGACAAUGCCAUCUGGGAAAAGUUUAGCCGGGGAUGGAAUCAUAUGGGCCAGACUGGACAUGCGGACAUUUUGUCUGAUCAAGCCAAAGCAGAUGACGGAACGCCGAUCAAGGUGACCAUGAUUGGCUGCGGCUGGGCGUGGAACAUGUGGACAUGUGAUGUCGCUUAG